GUGCGAGCCGGCGUCUUUGACUUCUUCCGGAAGCAGAUUCACGACUUGUCCCAACGCGCCGGCGACGAGUCCCAACGCGCUCGCCACCGCGCCCGCGUCCUGCGCCACCGCCGAAGGAUCGAUUUCACUCGCCUUCGUCGUCAGCGUCUCCACGGCUUUCACCAGCGCCUCUUGGCUCAACUCUCCCGUGGUGUAAUACGUGUACCCAGCGACGACCGCCACCGUUCCCAGCGCCGGCGGCCCCCAUCCCAGCGUCGGCGGUUUCGCCGCCGGCACCUCCCCCGUCGCGUUGAACGACUUCACCCCGAUCUCUCCUCCCGGGAAUCCUCCCGCCAUUCCCCCGAAGUCCUUCUGCAGCCGCACUUCCCUCGUUUCGCGCCGCUUCGCCUUCGCCUUCUCCAGCGCCUUGGCCGCGUUCGUCGCCGCCAAUUCGUCCCGGUACGACCACAAGCCUCUCUCCCCGCCCGCGAACCCGCCGGUGAACGCGUCGUCUCGACCCGUCUUGCUCACCAGCCCUCGGUCGUCCUUGAUGUACUUGCCCUUUCCCGCGUAGUACUCGCCUCGCGGCGCCGGUUUCGCCGCGCACGAGACGCGCGCGACGACGCGCGCGCGACGCGUCUCGCCGGGACAACCCUCGGCGCUUAUCCGUCCGCGCGCGCGCGCGAACGCGCCGGCGCGCUGCGUCAGCGACGCGGACAUCGAGCGCGCGCGCGCGUCUCGGCGCUCGACGGCUCGAGCGAGGCGCGCGGCGCGGUGUGCGGCGCGCGCGAGAUCGCGACGCGCGGUGCGUCAUGGCGGACGUCGACGAGAACGCGUACGCCGCGCUGGGACUGGCGUUCGAGGACGCGCCGAGCGAGGCGACGAUUAAAAAGGUGCGUCGAGCGCGCGACGCGCGCGACGCGCGACGCGCGGGGCGACGCGACGCGCGCGACUCGACGAUUUCGCAUUCGCAUUCGCAUUCGAAACGACGACUGA